CCCUCUGUCUCUCCAUCUCCCCCCCUCUGUCUGUCUCUCUCUCCUCCCUCUCCGUCUUUCUCUCCUGUGUUUUCCUCCAUAGACAUCGACUUUUUGAACACCACAGUGUUCUACCACCACUGGCCCCGCAACCCCAAACAGACAGUACGCCGUGAGAGGAGCGCAGAAGCCAUGGUACCUCUCCGUGUACACCUAUUGGCAGCGCUCGUCUGCCUGGCACUGUGUCAGUAUGAGGACGAGGACUAUGUGCCGCCCUCCUUGAUCGGACCGUCAACCGCAAACUGCGACCGCGAGUGCGAAUGUCCCAUCAAUUUCCCCAGCGCCAUGUAUUGUGACAGCCGCAAGCUCAAGUUUGUGCCCAUGGUGCCGUCGGGGAUCAAAUAUCUGUACCUCCAGAACAACCAGAUCGAUGAGAUCAAGCCUGGCGUGUUUGAUAACGUCACCUCCGAGCUCCGGUGGCUGGUCCUCGACAACAACCAGAUCACCAACGGGAAGAUCGCAUCGGGUACCAUCGACAAACUGACCGCCCUGGAAAAACUCUUCUUCAGUCACAACCUUCUCACGGAGCCAGUGGUCCCUCCUUCCAAGUCUCUGGAUGAGCUCAAGAUGACACACAACAAGUUGAACAAGUUCCCCUCCGGACUCCUGAGCGACAAAGAGAAUCUGACCUCCGUCAACGUGCAGCAUAACGAGCUAACGUCCGAGGCCGUCGCCGGCGCCUUCAAAGGGUCCAAGAAGCUGCUGUCCCUCGACGUGAGCCACAACAAGCUGAAGAAGCUGCCCGUCGGCGUGCCGGCUUCACUGGAAAUCCUUUAUGCUGACUACAAUGACAUUGACGGCAUCGGCUCAGGGUACCUAAGCAAGGUGCCGAGUCUGCGCUCCCUGAGGAUGUCUCACAACAAGCUGGUGGACUCUGGGAUCCCGGCGGGCGUGUUCAACGUGACGUCACUGGAAGAGCUGGACCUGUCUUUCAACAAGCUGCAGACCAUCCCCGAUAUCAACGAGGAGCUGGAGCAACUUUACCUCCAAGCCAACGAGAUCAACAAGUUCGACCUGUCGAGUUUCUGCAAGUUCGUUACCCCCGUCAACUAUUCCCACCUGAAGCACCUGCGCCUGGACGCCAACAACAUCACGCACAGCAGCAUGCCCCCCGAAGCCCCCGAGUGCUUGCGCGUGGCCUCCGAGAUCCUGUUUGAAUAAGGAGCUCCCCCUCACCCCCCACCUGCCCUCCGUCGUUUAUGGAUUUACUCAACUCUCGUUGAAAUAAUCCGCAACUCUCGCACAUUCACUCUGACAAUGAAAAAUAAACCGUAGCAGGCAUCGCAGUCUCAUUUUCAAUGAAAAACAAUGAUAUUAAAAAAAUAUGAUGAUGAUGAUGAUGAUGAGGGAAUUUUAAAGUUAAAAUACAUACCAAAUAUUUGUAGAUAUAAAAAGUAAUUUGAAAGAGGAAAAAAAUCCUAAAAAACAUAUAUAUGUAAAAAUAAAGCUUCAAAACACCAAAAAGUUUAGAGGUGCUAUAGCAAGUUUCUCACCCAGAAAGUGUCUCGGAUGCAAUUUUUGCGGAUCCAAACGAUAAGGCGAGUCACCAACGUGCACAAAUUUAACUUUGACAAAAACAAACAAAUAAGACACACACUUCGAACAUUCCAAUUCGACGCGUUAGCUUGUCGACCGGAGACGAUACGGAGUAAACAAUGACGUAAAGCAUCUCCAGUGUCUCUGCAGUAGCUUCAUUUUGUAUUUGUUUUGUAUGUUCCGUGUUAAGCAUGUAUAGUAUCGUGUAUGAUGAAGGCGUAUUCAUGAAUAAAAUGUAAAAUAUGUGUUUGGGAUACUGACAAGUUCAACAAUAGCCCGUGAAGAGACACCGUCACAUAUUUGUUUGUCACGCACACUUGCUGAUUUGUAUUCUUUCCAUUUCAUGCAUGAAUUCAAAUGAUAUCAUCCUUUUAAAAAAAUAAUAAUAAUAAACUACAGCUUUUGCAGUUCUGGAAGUUCUCUAUUGUGGCUUAACGCGACAUUGUCAUCGGAAGACUAUCGCGUCUUGUCUGGCUCAUUUGCUUCUCUUCAUUUUAGAGCCACUUUGGAACAGUCAAUGCUCAUGAAUUUACUGUGAGGAAGUCAUUUCGAAUAAACCAUGUUUCCAAUA